AAAAAAUUUGCGAUGAAGUUUAUCAAUUGAAACGAAGAUAUCCUAGUUUUAAUCCUCGACUUGCAAUUGUUCAAGUUGGAAAUAGGGAAGAUUCUGCUGCAUAUGUGAGACAGAAAGAACAAGCCGCCAAAGAGGCUGGAAUUGAUUUUAUUUUACAAAAAAAAAACGAAUCAAUUACAGCGGACGAGCUUUUGAGAUUGGUUCAUGAAUUAAACUAUGAUCCAUCUAUUCAUGGCGUGUUGGUUCAGCUUCCUUUACCGGAACAUAUCAAUGAAAGAUGUAUUAUUGAAGCUAUUGAUCCAAAAAAAGAUGUUGAUGGGUUGGCCAAAAGAAAUUGCGAUCCUUUAUUUUUACCAUGCACUCCCAAAGGAAUCAUCGAAUUAUUGAAUCAAACUGCUGAAAUCCUAGUGGUGGCUAUUGGAAAAGCAGAGUUCAUAAAGGGCGAUUGGAUAAGUCCUGGCACAGUGGUCAUUGAUGUUGGAACCAAUGCGAUUAAAGGCAUUCGAUGGGUAGGCGAUGUAGAAUUUUCAUCCGCCUCUGCAGUAGCAUCAUACAUAACGCCAGUUCCUGGUGGUGUAGGUCCAAUGACAGUUGCAAUGUUGUUACAAAACACAGUGGAAAGUGCUAAAAGGUUUCUGAAAGAAAGUAACGAACUUGUACCUGUCCCAAGCGAUAUCGAUAUUGCAACUUCACAAACACCUAAACAUAUUAAAGUUCUGGCUGAAGAAUUGGGACUGACCCCGAAUGAGUUUGACUUAUAUGGGCAAUACAAAGCCAAAGUAAGUCUUUCAGUUAUUGAAAGAUUGAAAUCGCGAAAAAAUGGCAAAUAUGUUGUUGUAACAGGAAUAACGCCAACACCAUUAGGUGAAGGCAAAUCUACAACUACCGUUGGUAUAGCACAAGCAUUGGGUGCGCACUUGGGAAAGCUUUCAUUCGCAUGUGUUAGGCAACCUUCACAAGGACCGACAUUUGGCAUCAAAGGAGGAGCAGCUGGUGGUGGAUAUGCUCAAGUCAUACCAAUGGACGAAUUCAAUUUACAUUUAACAGGAGAUAUACAUGCUGUUACCGCAGCAAACAACCUGUUAGCUAAAAAUGGUAUUCGUGUCUUUGCCCCUGUAAUGUUGAAGCGAUUACAAAAGCUUGGAAUUGAUAAGACCGAUCCUAAUGAUUUAACCCCUGAAGAGAUUAGCAAGUUUGUUAGGCUAGACAUUGACCCUGAGACAAUUACAUGGUUUGUUAUAUAUACAUUAUUGUCCGAAGGACAUUACAUGCAGAGUACGUCUCUUGAAGACUUGCGAGAAAGAUUGGGUAGAAUGGUAGUGGCUACGAAUAAAGCUGGUGAUUCUUCUAUAACUGCAGAUGACCUUGGGAUAGGAGGUGCAUUAACAGUAUUAAUGAAAGAUGCGAUCAAACCAAACCUUAUGCAGACGUUAGAAGGAACACCCGUGUUUGUUCAUACUGGUCCAUUUGCAAAUAUUGCACACGGAAAUAGUUCUAUAUUAGCAGAUAAGAUUGCACUUAAGUUGGCGGGAGUUGAGUGCGAUGCGGAAGGAAAUCCAGUGGAAGGAAGCGAAGAAGGUUAUGUGAUAACAGAAGCGGGAUUUGGGGCUGAUAUUGGAAUGGAAAAAUUCUUCAAUAUCAAAUGCAGACUAUCAGGGUUGAUACCUGAUUGUGUUGUUAUAGUUUCUACAGUUAGAGCUUUGAAAAUGCAUGGCGGUGGGCCUGAAGUUACGCCUGGGAAUCCAUUACAUGAAACUUAUUUAAGCGAAAAUCUUGAAUUAUUGGAAAAAGGAUGUGUUAAUCUUGUUAAGCAUAUCAAAAAUGCAAAAAAAUAUGGUUUGCCAGUUGUAGUUGCUAUUAAUAAAUUCACAUCUGAUACACGAGCUGAACACGAAUUAAUUCGUAAGAUUGCAAUAGAAGCAGGUGCAAAUGACGCGAUACCAGCGGCACACUGGGCAUUGGGAGGAGAAGGUGCAAUCGAGUUGGGGAAAGCGAUCAUUAAGGCGACAACCGAUAAAACAGAGAAGCGAGAAUUUAAGUUUUUAUAUGAUGUAAACAAACCAAUCGUCGAAAAAAUUGAAAUUAUUGCAAAAGAAAUGUAUGGAGCUGAUGGAAUAGAGUUGAGUGAGAAAGCUAUUGAAAAAGUUGAAAGAUACACUAAACAGGGAUUUGCGAAUUUACCAAUAUGCAUGGCCAAAACGCAUUUAUCUCUUUCACAUGAUCCAAAACUUAAAGGUGUACCUACAGGAUUUGUAGUACCAGUACGAGACAUUCGAGCAUCAGUGGGAGCAGGGUUUUUAUAUCCAUUGUUAGGGGAAAUGCAAACCAUGCCUGGAUUACCUACUGUGAGUAAUUAA